UCCAAAAAUGGCUUCCAGUGGGUCUACAAAAUUUCGACCUAGCGAUGGUGACUGGGUUUGCAGUGAUCCUAAGUGUGCUAAUGUCAAUUUCUCCAAGAGAAGUAAAUGCAACAGAUGUGGGAAAGAAAAAAAGGAGAGCAAUUCUUUUAAGAAGGGUGGCCAUGAAAUAGGCAAGGCUGCCGCAGAGAAGAGUAAAGGCCUUUUCAGUGCCGAUGAUUGGCAGUGUAAAACGUGUGGAAAUGUCAAUUGGGCUCGUCGUUCAACAUGUAAUAUGUGCAACUGCCCCAAGUAUGGAAAAGUUGAAGAAAGAACAGGUUAUGGUGGUGGAUACAUGGAAAGGGACGAGGUUGUCGAAUACAAGGACCGCGCCCACAAUUCCGAUGAUGAUGAAUAUGAUGAGUUUGGGAGGAAAAAGAAGAAACAUCGUUUGUCAGAUCCAGUGAAGCCACCGUCAGUCACGGCUGUUGAAUCUGGUGGUGGUGAUGAUGAUGAUGAAGAAGAUGACAGUGAGGUUGAUGAGUCUAAAUAUAGACUAGAUUCGGAUGAGGAUGAGGAUGAUGAUGAUGAUGCAGAUCUCUCUAAGUAUAUGCUUAGUGAUGAUGAUGCAAAUGAUGAUGACAAAGCAAAUGACAUAACUGAUGAUAAAAACAGUAACAAGGAAACAAGUCGAUCAGCAAGGUCUGAGUCCAAAGAAAAACGUGGAUCAUCCUCAUCUUCGAAAUCAUCAUCGUCAUCGUCACGCUCAAGGUCAUCGUCAAGGUCAAGUUCAUCUAGUUCCUCGUCAAGGUCAAGGUCAUCUCGAGGCAGGAAUCGCAAGAGGAGUUACUCCCGGUCAAGGUCGAGUUCCAGAGACCGAGAUCGCGACCGCAAGAAACAUCGAUCGUCAUAUUCUUCGACAUCGAGAUCAAGGUCCAAGUCAAAGGAGAAGAGUUCAAGUCGAAGGAGGUCGAGGUCCUACGACAGAUACAAAUGAAACACCGAACAGCUGUAGCGAUGGAAAAUUGUUUUUGAACUUGACAACUAGCAGCUUAGUUUAGGGGCUUUCAUUUCAAUAUGUGUAUAACCUGAUCUGAUAACCAAGAAUUGUUAAGGUCAAUGGAAACAGAAUUGUCAAUUCAGAUGAUUAUGACCUCCCCUCAAAAGUCACCGAUGCUAAAACACCUAUUCUCAUGUUAGGUAUCAGUGCUAAUUGUUAUACCUGAUAUUGCAAAAUGAAUUGCAUAAAUGAGGGGGUUAAAUAUGUUAACCCAGAGUUGUACAUCAGUGAAUUUUGAGGUGGUCAUUACCAGUGCUUUUGUUUUGUUUAUGGCCAUGUUGAACAUGUUCUAGUGGCACAUACCAACCCCUGGGGUUCCCAGACAUCUUAUUAUUUGUGUCAGCUUGUCACUGUGAUAGCUUACAAUCAAUGUGACUCAUCUUGUUCUAUCAGGGUUCACAUUUCAUGUAACUGCAGUGCGGGAUGCCUUCUUUUCAAUAGGCUACCAGCGUAGUUGUGACAGCUACUACUUGGGGCUGGUCACUAGUUCAGGAUGGUUUUGUCAAGUGGUGUAUGAAGCGAAAGACAAAUCGAGCACAACUUCGGCAGUCAAUAGUGAUUGAAACCCUUGAUAGUUCAAGAUGAUCCUGCAUUGGUGAUGAGGAGGUUCUGAAUACAUGAUGAAAGGUUAGUAUGGUGGGUGUUUGUCGGUAAGUAUUUUUCUUUUGGUUAAACGAGGAUGAACGGCCUGGCCUUUUGAUAAAGCAUUGGCAGAACACAUCUCUGUAUAGUCUUGGCUGAAGCAUUGGGUCCUGUUGGCACACUUAAAUAAAUUGUAAGUGGAGCACGUCUGCUUAAAUUACUCUGUGCAUGUAUUAUUCUUAGGCAGUUGCUUUGUAUUUUAUUCAAACAGGAAGCAAAAAGAAUUAAUUGAAAAUGGCCGUCGCAGGCAUGAAAUAUACAAAAGUGAAGUUGGCAUGGUAGUGAGACGAUUGUUAAAAGUUCUAACUGAUGCAAUUAAUGAAUGUCACUGUGGCUUCUCAUUACGACAAACUGGUUUGAUACAAAAAGUAGGUAACUUACACAUUGAAUGUGUUCAGUUCUUGUUUGUCACCUAUUAGAUGUUCGAGUUGGAUACGAGAUUGAUGUGCUAAAGAUACUCAAUUCCUUGGAAGAUGUUUUGUUUUGUUCAUGAUAUUUCUGAUGCCUUUAUGACUUUACUUUAGACUGUCGGAGAACAAUCGGUCAAAAUUUUCCAAGUUGUACCUAGGCCCAAUUCUGAUGCUACAAACAAUGUACAUGUACAUAUGUUAAUGUUGCUAAGGUAUUGGUGUAACAGAUGUUGAUUUGAGACACAUGUACAUGUAUUUAUGUUGAUAAUAAAAUGCUUCAGUCUACUUAGAAA